AAUAAUAACAGAAUCAGUGGAGCUCGCAGGAGAGAGAGAGAGAGCGCUCAUUCGACUGAGUCCAAUCUCUCACAUCAAUUUAUUCCAUUUCGCGAUUGAUUAUUGAAUAGAAGAAUUGUUAAUAAUAAUAAUACCCAUCCUUCUUUCUUGCUUACUUUACUUUCUCUGCCUCAGUUUCUUGCCCUUCUGCUUUCUUCAAGCUCUCAAAUGCCUUCAAUGGCUUCAAGAACGAGAGAAUUCUGACUCUUCUUUCCAAUCUUUUCUCCACGCUCGGGAAAAUGGACGCCAAGCUUCUCCUCCUGCUUCUUCUCUUUCUUUUCGACGUCUCCUUUGCGCAGAUGCCAGGUUUUGUAAGUUUGGACUGUGGAGGUCAAGAAAGUUUCACUGAUGAUAUCGGUCUUGAGUGGGUUCCAGAUACUCAAGUUCUUUUUGGAGAAGCAAUUAACAUUUCUGUUGCAAAUGAGACAAGAAAGCAAUAUAUGACUUUAAGACACUUCCCUGCUGAUUCUAGGAAGUACUGCUACGCACUCAAUGUCACUACUAGAACACGUUACCUUCUCAGAACAACAUUUUUGUAUGGUAACUUUGACAAUAACAAUGUGUAUCCGAAAUUUGACAUUUCCCUUGGGGCAACUCACUGGUCAACAAUUGUCAUAUCUGACGCCAACACUAUCGAGGUUCGAGAGCUCAUAUUUCUGGCUUCAACUCCUACUGUAAGCAUUUGUUUGUCAAAUGCUACAACUGGACAGCCAUUCAUAUCCACGCUUGAGCUCCGACAAUUUAAUGGCUCUAUCUAUUAUACUGAAUUUGAGGAUCGGUUUUACCUGCGUGUCUCAGCAAGGAUUAAUUUUGGAGCAGAUUCCGAAGCUCCAGUAAGGUAUCCUGAUGAUCCGUUUGACCGGAUAUGGGAGUCGGACUCUGUGAGAAAAGCAAAUUACCUUGUUGAUGUUGCUGCUGGUACAGAAAAAGUUUCCACCAAAUUACCAAUAGAUGUAGAUAGAGAUGAAAGACCACCUCAAAAAGUAAUGCAGACAGCUGUAGUUGGCAGAAAUGGUUCAUUAACUUACCGGUUAAAUUUGGAUGGUUUUCCUGGCUUUGGAUGGGCAGUUACCUACUUUGCAGAAAUUGAAGACUUGGGUCCAAGUGAUACAAGAAAAUUCAGGCUUGUACUUCCCGGAAUGCCUGAUAUCAGCAAACCUGUAGUCAAUAUUGAAGAAAAUGCUCAAGGAAAAUUUCGGCUUUAUGAGCCUGGUUUUACCAACUUAACCUUGCCUUUUGUAUUAUCUUUUCGGUUUGGGAAAACAUCAGAUUCUUCAUUUGGACCUCUGUUAAAUGCUAUGGAGAUUAACAAAUAUCUUGAAAAAAGUGAUGGUUCUCUAGAUGGAGCAGUUAUUGCUAGUGUAAUUUCAAAAUUUUCAUCUUCAGAUUGGGAUGAAGGUGGUGAUCCAUGCAUGCCAGUUCCUUGGUCAUGGCUGCAAUGUAACUCUGAUCCACGGCCAAGAAUAGUUAAAAUUUCAUUGUCCAAAAAGAAUUUGACGGGGAACAUCCCUACAGACCUUGCAAAGUUGAGCGGUUUAGUUGAAUUAUGGCUUGAUGGAAAUUCAUUUGUUGGUCCUAUUCCCGAUUUUACUGGAUGCGUGGACUUGAAAAUCCUCCAUCUUGAGAACAACCAGUUGACAGGAGAGCUGCCUUCCUCUUUAGCAAAUCUACCAAAUUUACGUGAGCUGUAUGUGCAGAAUAACAUGCUAUCUGGAACAGUGCCCUCUGGUCUUCUCAAUAAAAACCUAGUCUUUGACUACUCUAGGAAUAUUAAUCUUCACGAAGGGGGAAAAAAGAACCACGUUUAUAUCAUUGUGGGUUCAGUAAUUGGUGCUGUUGUCCUGCUGUUGGCUACUGUGGUAUCUUGCUAUUUCUUGCAUAAAGGAAGAAAAAGAUAUCAUGAACAAGAUCUACUUGAAGGAUCCUUGGCUGUACAAAGAUUUGCCUCUUCAAAGGGUGAUGCCCCCAAGGAAACCGCACAUUGCUUCAGUGUUAAUGAAAUUGUAGAAGCAACGAAAGAUUUUGAAAGAAAAAUUGGGUCUGGAGGUUUUGGUGUUGUAUACUACGGGAAAUUAAAUGAUGGAAAAGAAAUUGCAGUUAAAGUUUUGACUAGUAAUUCCUUCCAGGGAAGGCGAGAAUUUGCAAAUGAGGUGACUCUUCUUUCAAGAAUUCAUCACAGAAAUCUUGUACAAUUUCUGGGAUAUAGCCAAGAACAAGACAGAAGUAUGCUUGUGUAUGAGUUCAUGCAUAAUGGAACUCUCAAAGAACAUCUUUAUGGUCCACUAACACGGGAAAAAACUAUCAGUUGGAUAAAGCGCCUCGAGAUUGCUGAAGAUGCUGCUAGAGGGAUCGAAUACCUUCACACAGGCUGUAUUCCAGCAAUUAUUCAUAGGGACUUGAAAAGCAGUAAUAUUCUUCUUGAUAGGCACAUGAAAGCAAAGGUUUCAGACUUUGGUCUUUCGAAGCUUGCAGUGGAUGGGGUCUCCCACGUUUCCAGCAUCGUUCGGGGAACUGUAGGAUAUUUAGAUCCAGAGUAUUAUAUCUCUCAGCAGUUAACAGACAAGAGCGAUGUAUAUAGCUUUGGCGUUAUUCUUCUCGAGUUGAUAUCUGGUCAAGAAGCUAUAUCUAAUGUUAACUUUGGUGUUAAUUGCCGCAACAUCGUUCAAUGGGCGAAAUUACACAUUGAGAGUGGGGACAUUCAAGGGAUCAUCGAUCCAUCACUGCACAAUGAAUAUGAUAUUCAAUCGAUGUGGAAAAUCGCAGAGAAAGCGUUGAUGUGUGUCCAGCCACAUGGGCACCUGAGGCCGUCCAUAUCUGAAGUGCUGAAGGAGAUACAGGAUUCAAUUUUGAUUGAAAGGGAAGCUACUGCAACUAGAGAAGGUAACUCUGAUGACAUGUCUAGAAACUCAGUCCAUUCUAUGAAUAUGGGAUCUCUUGAUUUGUGUGGAAAUGAAAACUAUGUGUCGUUUGACGAAUCCAUUGCUCGACCUACUGCAAGGUAGGUAGCUGGUUAUAUUGUACAAACACAUCAUUUUUUUAGGAACAAAAAUUUGCAUUCUUUUUGGUUGCAGUUAGGUCAAAGUUUGUCAAUGGUGUCCCCAUAUUUUGCCACUCUUAUUACACCUCUUAAAAAGAGAUGAAAUGGUUAGCUAGUUGUAAAUUCUUGAACAGCUUAUUUUUGCUAGAGUUGUCAUUGAGUACUCCAUUUGUUCAACACUGUUAAAUUCUAUCAAGUCUACCCCCUACUUAUUUGUGCUUU